AUGGAAGAGAAAUGUCCUUUAUGCUUCAAGCAGUUCCCACUAGCUUUCCUUGAACGCCAUGUGAAUACUUGCCUCGACACUUUGGAACUGCUGCUGCCAGAUCCAUCAGCUAAUACAGCUGAAGCUGGCGAUGGCGACUCCACCAAGCUUAUCCAAGAAGACGCGAAACAGCAUGACCCUUUUGCUGCGUUAGGAUUAAAGGCCGACUCAAGAAAGAGCAAUGAUAAACAGAAUAAGAAAGCUAAGGCGACAUUGACUAGCAUUCUAAUAGCCGAAAGGAAGCUCAAGCGAAAGCAGGAGGAUCUUGAAAGGGAGAUCAAGAGACAGACAUUAGAUCAGGAACAGGACGUACAACGCGCUGUACCGCAAGUUGAUCAGGGCCAAGCUGAGUCAAGCAGUCCAGCUGAGCAUACAGUUGAUGGCGGAAUUAUUAAUUCCCAGCUGGUGACGAAAUCUCAGCUUGAGAGUACGCAAACAAUCCCAAGCAGUCCGGAUCUAGAAGAAGAAGCUAGAUACAAAGCCCGUAAUCAAGAAAUUUUACGGCUACGAAGAGAAGCCGAACUUCCUUUGGCACAAAGGUUACGGCCGAAAACCUUGGAUGAUUUCUUUGGACAAGAAAAGCUUGUUGGGCCUAAUGGCAUUCUCCGUAACAUCAUGAAUGCGGAUCAAAUACCAUCAUUCAUACUUUGGGGCGUACCUGGAGUGGGGAAAACCUCUUUGGCUCGAAUAAUCGCAUCUUCUUCCAACUACAAGUUCGUUGAAAUAUCUGGAGCUGAUAGUAACGCGAAGAAGUUAAAGGAAGCGUUUGCUAACGCUCAAUCCGAGAAACAGCUCUCAGGACAGAAGACCAUACUAUUUCUCGACGAGAUUCAUCGAUUCAACAAAGCAGUGCAAGAUCUCCUUCUUCCUGUUCUCGAGAAGGGUACUAUAACUGCCAUAGGUGCUACAACGGAGAAUCCUUCUUUCACACUAAACAAUGCUCUUCUAUCACGGAUGCAUACUUUCGUUAUGGAACCCCUAUCACUGGAAGCAUUAGUCAAAAUUUUGAAUCGUGGACUUUUCUUGAUCAACAAGACCAGAAAGCUAGUCCAUAAACUCCAUUUGAUCGCUAUAAGCAGAGAUGCUAUUGAUCAUAUCGCACGCACGAGUACUGGUGAUUCACGCGUUGCGCUCAAUAUCCUCGAGUCAAUUAAUGCAUACUUAUCAGGCUUGUCUUACAAGGCUAUCAAAAAGAAUGAGCCCGGCAAAGAGAUUAUCGAGCCACAACCUAAGGUGGGUGUUAUCAAAAUCGGUAUGGAUGAGCUUAAACCGCUUCUAGAGACACACAACUUCCAUCAGAUGUAUGAUAGAGUGGGAGAAAACCAUUACGAUACUAUCAGUGCAUUCCACAAGUCUGUUCGUGGAUCCGAUGCCGACGCAGCGAUAUUCUACUUGGUUCGCAUGAUUAGCGGUGGCGAAGAUCCACUCUUCAUUGCCCGACGGAUGAUAGUAAUCGCAAGUGAAGAUAUUGGUCUUCGGGAUUCUUCUUGUCUACCAUGCUCUGAAACUUCCAAUUCCAUUGCACCUACGAAAUGCCCCACAAAGCUAAUGAAGGAGCUAGGUUAUGGUGACACAUACAAGUAUAAUCCCAGUUAUAAACAUGGGAAGGUUGUUCAAGAAUUUCUACCUCCUGAACUCGAAGGCACGAGCUUUGUGGAGAAGGACCACUUCAAAGAUGGAGAGGAUGUCGAUGUCUCCUCGGAUGAGAUGAAGAAAUUCGAGGAGGAGCGUCAAGCUUACGAAAUUUACAAAUAUGAAAAGCAAAAAGAUGCUGAAAAGAAGGAAGAGGAGGUUCGUAUGCGUUCCAAGCGACACACGACCCAACUCAUUUCACUGGUGGAAAACGCUGCAGAAAGACUUAGCAGCUAUGAUGAGUUUUUGGAUAAAAGCGAUCAGCCUGAGUAUUUCGAUUGCAACGAAAACGAUACCUAUUCUGACGAUCCUGAGGCUUCGCAUAAUUUUGAGUGCUCAUACGAUGAAUUCACAAACGAUCGCGGUUUAGAGCAGCAUAACGCUUUUAAUCACGAUGAAUCUACGGGCAACGAUGAUCUGUGCCAGCAAGAAAGAUCAUUGCAGUACGUAGAAUGA